CUUUGAUGAAGCAAAGAGCAUCCAGUGUCAUCAUGUCUCUGUCGGUGCAGUUUGGCGCUCUGAGGAGCAGAGAGCUGCGAGAGCUGCUGGAAGAUGAAGACAAAAUAAAUCACAUCAUCAGGUGUAGUGACAAGUUUCAGGGGCUGCAGAGGGCUGCAGAGAAGAUGUUGGUUUCAAAUCAAAAAAUGGCAAAAGUCGGUCUUUCUCACAAACCUCAAUUUAAAGAUGCUAAGUUGCUACUUGCAAUGAAGUACAAGGAACUGGAAACACUUAGAAGCAUCAUCCAGGUCAAACAAGAACAACUUGCAGAAAAAUACAGCUUGCAUUAUGCUCAGUGGUGUCUCCUGAAGAAGAUCAAUCAUGCAGAGGAGGAGUGUGAACUGCUGUUUCAGAGGUUUGCAGACGGGAAAACGCCUCUGGCAGAUUUCCUGGAUUCCUUUCUCAGCUCACGGAAACUCCAACACAUCAGGUCGAUCCUGGUGAAGAAACUCCAGGACACGAUUGAACUUCAAUCAACACAAAUUGUCAGUGAGAUUCACCCUGAUACUUUUCCUGAGCGAGUCCAUAACGCCUGCCUCCCAGUCUGCGGUCUAACCACAGCUGUCCUCUUACCUGCAUGCUGCCACCAGCCUCCGUUCCUGCUGCCCUUUGGCACCCGUGUAAACGCUGCCCAGUGUCUGCAGCAUGUACCAUUUUGUCACGAUUACACUGAGUCCCUGCGUGCAGGAGUGCAUGGACGAGGCCCCAAAUGGCCAGCAAGACCCGUCCGUCUUCAGCCGCUGAAGGCACAGCAGAGGAGGCAGCAACAAGGACCGCAAUGAAGUCUAAUCCAGUCUAAGAUAGGUCAACAAAGUGAAUGCUCUUAGAUUUAGGCUUUAUUUUAAUUUCUAUUUAUUUCUUGACAAGAUAUUUCCUAAUCAGUCGUAACUUUACUUACUUUUAUUUAGGCAAAGUUCUUGAAUGAGUGUUUGUGUUCAGACAACGUUAAUAAACACUGAUGGACAGAUGUUUGGCAUAUUUUGUAAGGUAGAAAAAAUAUUUAUAUAUCUCGAAUUUGAGUAUAUUGGCAGUGGCAUCAAAAAAGUGCAAUGUAUAAAGUGUGGAUGGAUGUUAAUCAUAGAGGCAGAAAAAUAUUGUUUUUCAUCAUGAUAUAUUACAUUAUAGAGCUGACUGUUCUGCAGUAUAGUUUGUACUUUUGACUUAGAUUCUCCUGAAGAGAGCCUCUUUGAGUGAGGAAAACAAACUGAAUACUUUAAACUGCUGACAAAUACUGAAAUAAUACUCAAACGUUGAGAGUUGCCCCUUAAGAAUCAUCCACACAAAUCCUGAGGCGGAAUAAAGACUCUGAACACUAAAAAGACAAUACAAACCUGACUGUUAAUCUGAUAAUCCAGCACCAACUCUGUAACGAAACACUGUCACCUAGUCGCAGUUUUUCAGGUUGCUUUGCCAACUUGACAUUGGUGACAUUUCCCAAAAGUCAGACACUGUCAACACUGAACACAUCUCAAUGCGUUGUAAUGCAAUGUAUAUUUGGUCACUUACCUGUAGAAGGUAGAACAGUAGAACACUAGGAAAAAAUAUUUGCAAAGUGCCCCAUCAAUAGCUGUUUUAAGAGUUUUUGUUACAAACUUUGAUCCUUUUGUGCAUAAA